UGGAGCAACGACAAUUACUAACUGAGAGAUUCAACCAUGAUCCUAAAAUAUUGGUAUUUAUUCUGUCUACGAGAUCGGGAGGAUUGGGUAUUAACCUGACUGGUGCUGAUACGGUGAUAUUAUACGACUCGGAUUGGAAUCCGUGUAUGGACAGGCAGUGUCAAGACAGGUGUCACCGAAUAGGUCAAACACGCGACGUGAGCAUAUAUCGAUUCAUCAGUGAACAUACUAUAGAAGAAAACGUACUUCUCAAAGCUAAGCAGAAACGUAAACUGGACAAAUUAGUUAUGACUGAAGGUGAUUUUACAACUGACUAUUUCGAGAAGAUGAAAUGGCGUGAGUUGCUGGACGUAAUAGCACCGAAAAGGGAUGAAGAUGUAAGCGAUGAUACUUUAGCAGGUCCAGCCCUAGAGCAAUGUCUUGCUAUGGUAGAAGAUGAUAAAGAUGUUAACGCUGCCAGGGUAGCCCGCAUUGAGGAGGACAUUGACUUGACUGAGUUUGCUGAGAACAGCAAUUCCGCUGCUGAAAAUGCAGCCACGACUUCGGCCACCGAAGCGCCAGCAGACGGACCAGCAGAUGCACCGGCAGACGGACCAGCAGACGCACCAGCAGACAUGGAGGCAGGGGUAGCGGAUGCGGAUCAACGGCAGUCGGCAGAUACAUUAUCACCAAAUACUGAUAUAGACGACACAGGCGAAAGUGAUAGGGCCAUGGAUCACGUGGACAAUUAUAUGCUUCGAUUCAUGGAGAGGGAACUUGGUAUAUCAAUUGAUAGUGAUAUUAAUACAUGA